UUAGAGAUCGUGUUUCCGGUCGGACUCUUCUCGUGUCGCACUCUCUUGUCUCUUCCGCUUUGCCUCCAUUAAAGGACUCAGCGGCGGUUCGCGGGUCAAUUUUUAAAACUUGUUUGGCAGAAUCCGAUAUUAAUCGGAGCCAUCCGAACAGCAAUCAUGACGGUCGGUAAGAGCAGUAAGAUGUUGCAGCACAUCGACUUUAGGAUGCGCUGCAUCCUGCAGGACGGGCGGAUCUUCAUCGGUACGUUCAAAGCAUUCGACAAACACAUGAACCUGAUCCUGUGUGACUGCGACGAGUUCAGAAAGAUCAAACCCAAGAACUCCAAGCAGCCGGAGCGAGAGGAGAAGAGGGUGUUGGGUCUGGUUUUGCUCCGAGGAGAGAAUCUAGUUUCUAUGACAGUAGAAGGACCUCCUCCUAAAGACACUGGCAUCGCCCGCGUGCCGCUGGCCGGAGUGGCUGGAGGACCAGGUGUCGGCAGGGCUGCAGGUCGAGGCGUUCCCGCUGGAGCACCGAUGGCACAGGCUCCCGCUGGACUCGCCGGACCCGUGAGAGGAGUCGGUGGCCCUUCACAGCAGGUCAUGACCCCUCAGGGCAGAGGCACGGUCGCGGCAGCCGCUGCGGGAGCCAGUAUAGCCGGAGCCCCCACACAGUACCCUCCGGGUCGAGCCGGACCGCCUCCACCAAUGGGCAGAGGAGCGCCCCCUCCAGGUAUGAUGGGACCUCCUCCAGGCAUGCGGCCGCCCAUGGGACCACCGAUGGGAAUGCCACCCGGCCGCGGCGCUCCGAUGGGAAUGCCUCCCCCUGGCAUGAGGCCGCCACCGCCUGGAAUGAGAGGUCCUCCUCCUCCAGGCAUGCGUCCUCCCAGACCGUGAACCUCCUCACUGGACUAAAGUGUUUGAGAUCCGUCUUUUCCUUGUACAGGAAAGUUUGGCUGCAAGUUCUUGUAUAGUUUGAUUUUUGUAUUUUGUUUUUUUUUUUUAAUAAAGUGUCUAAUUUGACAGUUGUUUUAA